GCAGCCGCCUCCUCCCUCCAAACAGCACAUCAGCAAUCUCUCCAUCGCUCUCUCUCCAGCCCUGACACACACACACACUCACGCACACGCCUACAAGCAGGACGAUUGCAAUCACUCCGCACACAUCCUCCCAUCUGCUCUCUCCCACUUUUGCAAUUGGUGGCUGCUAGACUCCCCAGCAGAGGCUGCAAGACGAGGCACCCCAGCACCUCCCUCUCCUCACCUCCCCUGACCUCCAACCCACACGGAGACACACACUUUUAGAGCUAAUUCCAUUAUAUAUUCUUGACUGGAAGGAAGAGGGGUUGUCUUCUAAUUGCUUUCUUAUCCCCCUGAGUCCCCCUCACUGUUCCUCCUUUCCCUUCUCCCCUCUCUCUCCUCCUUUUCCCCUCCUUUGAGCCCGCCCCUUACCCUAUGUGCACUCAACAUGGCAGCAGACAAGCAGAGGAGUGAGGCAAGCUAGAGCGCCAGAGAAAAAGAGAGAGAGGAAGAGAGAGAGAGAGAGAGAGAGGCAGGAAGCCUGCUGCUGUCAGGAAAUAUUGGUGCCAUUUUCAGCAUCGCAGGGUGAAAGGAUUGAGCCUCGCCGCCGUACGCUUGGCUCGGCUCGCCUCUGCUCGGCUCGCCUCUGCUCAGACCGGCUGAACAAGAGGGCUUUAGGAGGGAGAACUACAAAAAGGAGGAGAGAACGGCUGACCCCCGCCCCUUACCCCUACACAGACCCCUCUUCCCCUUCCUCCCGUUUCACCUCACCUCCCCCUCCCUGCUCAGCCUACAGACGGAGUGAGUUAUGCAGUCCUUUCGUGAGCGCAACAGUGGUUACCACAGCAACCAACCCUGCUAUCAGCAGGAGCCCCAUGAAUUAUCUCGCCUGGAGACCUACCGGCAACACCCACAUCAUCCCCAUCCGCAGCAUCCACACCCAGGCCCUGGUCCACAUCCAGGCCCUGGCCCUGGGCACAACAGGUCAGGCUAUGAGGCUAUGUCUAAUGCAGCAAACGUGCCCACAGGUGGAGCAGCUGGAAUUGGAGGACCCAAGGACUGUUACAGCCAACAAAACUAUUCUGGGUACCCAGGAAGUACUGGAGGCAGUGGAAAUGGAAAUGGGAGCUCAUCAGCCUCACAGGCAAAAAAAUCCUUUAGAGGAAGCAAAGUUCCCCCACCAAACCCCAGUCAACACCUGCAGGGCCCUGGAGGCUAUAGUAAUCACAUGGGCCCAGGAAAUUAUUCCACCCAGUAUAUGAGCGAGGGCCAUCUCCAGCAGAAAUGGGAGGACCCUGCACAGUUAGCACAGUAUGAACAGGAGAUGGUGGGGCGACUGGAGGCUGGUGCUUCCCCUGCACCUGGAUCCUCCCAGUACAUAGACUCAAACAUGUUGGGGCACUCCCAAACCCCAUGCCACCAGCCUUCUACCCCAAGUUAUACAAGUCCACACCACCAGCCUCACCCUCCUAAUCCUGCUCCCUCACCUCUCAUGUAUCCCCAAAGUCACCUACACUAUCCUCAACCCUCCCCCUCUCCAUCCCCAUACAUGGAAAAAUGCAGUCCCAUGCCCCAUUGUUAUAAAGGCUACAACAUACCUCCAAAUUCUCAGUAUAGCAGACAGCUAAGUAGUCAUAGCAGUUUGAAGCAGGGGACUUACAGGUCAACCCAGAACAGCUAUGGAUACCAGCAGUCAACACCCAGAGGUUAUGAACAGCAGACAUCUUUACAGGCAAUGACCAACCCCCAAGAACCCCACCCUAAAUACCAACACUAUAGCCAACCCCAACAAAAUUACUGUCUGUCAGAGCUCCCUGUCAGAUCUCCAGAACAGUAUUAUCAGACUUGCAGCCCCUCCUCAAGCCAUUCCCCUGCUCGCUCUGUCGGACGCUCACCCUCAUACAGUUCCACCCCUUCACCACUGAUGACUAAUCCAGAAUCAUUCCAGUAUGGCCAACCACCAAUGACACCUGGGGCAGCCUCGUCGUCGUCAUCCUCUUCAGCUGGUAUGCAAGAUCAAGCCAGCACAAACACCAUGCUAAUGCCCCCACGGUCCCACCCUUCACCCAACAUAUCCCACACAGCAUCCCACAGCUACACUUCGGCGCCACAAGCGCCCACAAUGAAAGAGCGCUUCUCGGAGAAGCUGUUAUCAAACCCCAGCUUGUGGAGCCUGAACGCUCUCACCUCUCAGGUGGAGAAUAUCUCCAAUAAUGUUCAACAGCUCCUGCUUUCAGAAGCCCUGGUUGCAAACAAGAAGGGCAGCAAGCGCAGCAGUGGUGGGAGCAACAGCAGCACUGGAAGUGGGGCCUCCACCAAGAAAGGUGAAGAAUACAAAAGCCCUCCAUAUCCAGACAGUGGUGGCAAUGUGGGUGGGGCCCCCAUGCAUGAACCUUACUCUACCCCACAGCACCAACCAUUGCCUAUGGAACUCCAUGAGGGUGGCUACUCCAGCAGUAGUGAUGAACCAUUGGACAGAGGUUUCUAUUACUUUGGCCAGGGUAGAAGUCCAGCCCAGGCCCACAACAACACACAACUCAGCCUGGACACAGCCUCCUCUUGCUCCAUUGCCUCUCCAGAUGAUAUGUCUACUAGGUCUGGGGACUCGGGGUUGCACAACCUUACCCCUGAUCCUAUAAGAUGCACGGCAGGACAAGGAGGAGAUGGCAUGAAUACCCCAGCGAAGAGCAUUGGUGAUGAGAGAUCUCCAACAAGCAUUACAAUACCAAGUCCUAUGAAACAAGAAAGUGAUUCCCCAUCAGACACACAACACAUCAAUCAGCCUGUAAAAGAAAACUUUGAAGAGUCAGCUUGGACUGAAAAACCUGCUGGAAAAGAAGAGGAAGCAAUGGAAAAAACUCUUGAUUUUAUAAGUAAUUCAGACUCAAGCAACCCUACAGAGAAGCAAGGGAAAUGGACUGAUGAGGAAAAAUGCCCAAAUUUCUACAGCAAAAUAAACACGAACAUGGCAGAAAAAGGCUAUUGCUAUGAAGACACAAUGUACCAAGAGGUCCAGAGCAAAUAUGACUCAGAUGCAAGAGAUUCCGUUGAACAGUCCCCAGCUGAUCUCUCUGAUUCCAGUAACAAAGAUCACUUUAGUCAAGAGAUGAAGUCAGGGAUAUUCAAAUCUGAAUCUCCAACUGCAUCUGAGAGUUCUGUGAAAACAUUGCCAUUCAUUUCAAGAGGAGACCUUGAGCAGGAUCCAUAUUCCACAGAGAAAGAUGACAGUUCAGCAAAUGCCUCUCCAACCCCACAAACUGAAGUCCUGGAAGAGUCUAGCUGUGACAAGAAGGAGAGCAGAACUCAGGAGAAUGACGAAGACGUAGUAGGAGAUAGGGAAGAGGAUGAGAUAAAUGAAGAUGAGAAAGAAGAAAUUGAAAAAAGUUCUCUUUCACAGCUUUUGUCUAAAGAAGUUAGGGAGGAAGCAGAGGAGGAGGAGAAAGAAAGUCAGUCAUUAACUGAAGAGCACACAAAUGACAAAGACAUCCAAAUGAGUCCCUCUGAAGAUCUCUGCAGCAGAACAGAAAUCCACAAUUUAGCUCUUAACACUGACAAUGAUUUUGCAGGGGGACCCGGUCAUCUUAAUGCAGCAGCAGCAACGACAGCAACAGAUGUUUCAACAAGGGAGUCAGCCAUUGGCGACACAGCACCUCAGCCACAGUCCGCUAUGCCAGUCUUCUCUGCUCUCAAUGAUAAGGCAGCUCCUCCUGCUCAGGCUAGAGAUCAUAUUGAUCACAGCGAUGCUAAGGUUCUGGAGCCAGACUCUCCUCAGCUGCCAGGGAAGUCAAUACUUCCCUCUGCCCCUUCCUGGGCUGACACUCCACCAUCUCCUCAAAAAGGGGAUGAUGAUAUAGAACCAGGCAUAAGUUGUUCCAGUGCUGUGACACCACUAGCUAAACCAGAGCCUAUGGUUCCAUCUGCUCAGCCAAGGACAUAUGGGCGUAAGCAUGUUAGGGGUAGAAGGAGAAUCAUACAUUCAGGUGUGGCAUUAAGGCGACAACUGAGCUUGAAGAAGGAGGAAGAAAAAGAGGACAAAGAAACAAAUUCCUCUCAGCAAAAAUCGAGCAUGGCUCCAAGCAAGACUGUUUUAUUCUCAGAUCAAACUAACCUUGCUCAUCAGGAUUCUAUGGUGAGCCAGACUCCUAAAAUGCUGACAGAUGGUUUUCAAUCCAGAAUGUGCACUCGCUCUUUUAAUGCACCAGAUAUGCAAACAAAAGUUGAACCUAAUGUGAAGAGAAAACCAGGCCCAAAACCUGGAUCUAAGCCAGGGUCAAAACCCAGUGCAAAACCAGGGCCUAAGCCAGGUGCUAAGCCUGGUCUAAAGUCAGGUCCCAAACCUGGACCAAAACCUGGGAAAAAGACAGGACAAAAGCCUGCAUCACAUGAAUCAGAAGUGCCACUGAAAAUUGAUACUGUUGUAAGGCAAAAACCAGGGCCAAAACCAGGUUCAAAAUCUGGACCAAAACCAGCCCUAAGACCAAGUCUAAAACCUGGAUUCAAGCCUGCUGAGGUUUUGCCUCCUACUGAGGCUGUUCCCAUCAAAGCUCCAGUUGGUCGCCCCAGGGGCUCAAUUUCAAAAUCAAAAUUAAUGGACCGGGAAGAUCCAAGACAACAAGUCCCAGAAAUGCAAAGCAGGACCAGGAAAGCUCUAAAACAUGCAACACUGCAAUAUAACCAAGACGGAAGAUCUCCUACAGAGGAAAAGCGAUCUCUCCCAGAAAUAAAGGUACAAGAAAGGGAAAACAACAAUAUGGUCUUAAGAUCCAGAAAAGUCUCACAGGAUAAGCUAACAAAAGAAAAGGAAAAGGGAGGGGAAGAUAUUCAAACUUCAACACCAACAGAAAAUAAAAUCAGCGAUAUCUCUCUAAAAGUUAAAGAGGUCAUAGUUGUAAAAAAACUGCUAACUCCAAAUCCUGAUGCCAUGAUAACAACAAAUGUUUCCCUACACUCACCUGUACCACUUGCAAAGCCAGCCCUCUCUGAAGAAUCUAAAGAAAAGUCAUUAUCAAUACUAAAGCGCACAUCUAGCCCAGACAUUUCCACACCACCUGUAAAAAAGAAGAGAGGUCCAAAGCCCAAACUAAGAAACUUACCAUCUCAGUCAGUCCUGUUUGAAGAGAUUCUACCAGUACGCAAAGAGAAAAGUGUCCGAGGCCCCAGAAGAAAGCGAGGACCACCCAGGAAAGCUUCUCUUGUCAGUGCCUCAACAAAAGAUGCUCCUCCUAACAGCAGUGGAUCUACCAACAGUGACAUGCCUGUGGUGCCUCCUCAGUGCCCCACCAAAACAAAAGUUCUCCCCCCACGCAAAGGCAGAGGGCAGAAAUAUGAGGCAAUGGUACAGAAGAUUACAUCUCCCAGCUCAAAAAAACACUUCCCAGCUACUCAACAAGACAGUAGUCUAAGUGAGGAUUUUACGUCGAAGGCUUUUUCUGAAUUUGUCUUUAAGGAAGGUGAGGCUUUUAUUCAAAUAAAUAACACAGAGACACUAGAGUUUACAAAGGAGGAAAUGAAAGAGCAAGGAGAAGCAACGACAAUGGAAGAUGUAUCACAACAAGGUGGCAAGCAUGAGUUAAGUCAAGAGGAAUCAGCAAAAGAUAUAGUGAGACCAUUAGCGGAAGAAGAGGUUACAAAUAAGAAUUAUGGAAGACAAGAAAAAGGUAAAGUAGAAACCAAGAUGGAGGUUGCUGACAAUAAGGCUUCGUCUUCAACAGAGACAUCAUUAGAAGUUGGAACUCUAGACGAGAGGACACUACAGACUUCCAAGAGUGAUGCCACAAAGUCUGUCCGAACGAAGAGAAAGAGAUGGGCCAUGGUGGAAAGUACAGAUGCAUCAGUGGUAGCUUUGGAAGCAGACAGCCUCAUUAUUACAACACCAAGACUUGCUAAACAGAGAGCUAUUAAGAACAACCAUGAAAUGCACCUUAAACAGAGGAGGAAGAAGAGAAAGGGCGAAGCCAAUUUAGAGGAAACUGAGACACUAGAUGAGCUCAACACAACAGAAACGCCAGAACCUGUGGAAAGAAUAGAGGAAAAAGUCACCACCACAAAGUCCACAGAACCUCUACCAACUAGCGGGGAUAAAUUCACAGAAACCCCCCAAGCCAUCUCUGUAGAACUUAUUCAAAAACCUCGAAGAGGCCGAAAACCAUCCGCAAACCCAACUAAACAAAGAAGAAGCCAAGCCUCAAUGGAGCAUGCUCCUGGGAAGCCAGUGAAGAUCCACAAAAAACCUGGGCCAAAACCUGGAAUGAAAGAUGCCAUUGAGGUAAUUGAGGCAGUUGUAAGGGCAGCCGGAUGUGAGCAGGACCAAAAAGAGGAAAGAGCAAAAGAAGAAAGAGAAAAAAGAGAACGAGAGAAUAUAGAAAGUGAAGAGACUAGUAUUGUGGGUCCUGUGGUGACCGUUACAGAAAAGCAGAUGGAGUUCAUUUCUGUGAAAAGAAUCAGAAGGAGACCAAUCAACAGGAAUUCCAAACUAUCUUUUUGUCCUUAUGUACGUAUCAAUAACUCUAGAGACUUUUCUUCUUGGUGUGCCAUAGUCAACAAGCCUGAAGACGCUGUUGUAUUUCAGAGACGGAGAAAAAAGGGCAUACUUAGAAUGAGGAAUCCUUUCACAGUGGCUAAAGUAGUGCCACAUACUGCUGCCAUGCAACUAGGACCAUUGGUAAACACAAAUCUAUCUGAAAUGCGUCUUAUGUGUUGCUUGUGUGGGAAACCACCAAACUACAAAGACCUGGGUGAUUUGUGUGGACCAUACUACACAGAAGAUAGUAUUCCACGGAAAAUGUUGACUAUCACACAUACGCAACUCUUCAGGGAAGAUGGCAGCAAGACCCACGGGAAUGACAGUAACAGCAGUGAAGAACCAGGAACGUCCUCAAAGACUGAAGAUAGAGUGAACUCAGAAAAGGAGGGAAAUACAGAAGCUACCACUGAAGAGGCUGGAAACAGCAGGCACCAUCACCGGCACUACAGACGGCUACUGAGACCGGAAAGACCGUGUCAGGAAGGUGGUCCGAGAAGAGUUACCCUCAGACAGAGAUUCAGGAGAAUGAAGCAGCUCCAGAAUCUCUGCACGGCCACUUCAAAAGACCAAGAGGGCAAUGAAAGCAUGUUCCAAAAGCUACAAAUGGAGGCAGUGGCCAAGGAGCACUGGGCUCAUGAAAACUGUACCAUCUGGACCAAGGGGAUAAUUAUGGUAGCUGGAAGGCUAUAUGGACUAAAGGAAGCUGCCAACAAGUCAGCUCAAACGAGCUGUCACAAGUGCCAGAUUUCGGGAGCGUCUCUCAGCUGCUGUUGGAGAGGCUGCUCUUAUAAGUACCACUACAUCUGCGCCAAAGAGAUAGGCUGCACAUUUCAUGAGGAUGAUUUUUCCAUCAAAUGCCCAAAACAUGAGCCAAGCUGGUCAGCUGAAUUCAUCUCUUUCAUGCAGCAGCCUCGCUUUGAUGUUUUCUGCACAUUUCUGCAGGAAAAGCUCCAACUCUCACCACUCAGAGUGGCCUGGAGGCUCUCUCCACCUGCAUCACAGCUGCCUGAAGCUUUUUCUGGUUCAAACCAAAGGGGGGGGAAAAAAGGGUCAUAAGACAGGAUGAAGAGAGUCGCUCUGAACGUCUCUAAAUUUCUCCUUUCUUCCUUAACAGGAUCUGUAAGAUAUCCCUGCAUUCCAUCUUCACUACCAAAAUCAUCACUCUGCCACUUGUCCUGCAAGCCAAAUAAAUAAAUAAAUAAAAAUAAAAUACAUGACAGUAGACGAGCACGACGGCGAGAGGCUGCGUCGAGGUGUGGGGCCAUGGAGCCGCUUAUUCCCUGGAGAGCUGAACAGCUGCUUGGUGAAAAACUAUCCCUUGCAGCGAGGCAGGGGGUGGUGACGCCGUCUAUCAACGGGAGGGGACGUGCUUUUUGUCUGGACCCCAGCGGAAACUAUUUGAAAUGCAGAGCGAGGAACAUUCGUGUGAGUGUGUGUUUUCGGAUGGGCUCAGAGAACUGAACAGAAAGGUCCCUUUGGCCGCCUCGUCCAACAGGAUCCCACAGCAGUUUUCUCCCUGCGUGUGUGAUUACUCAUUCCACAGCCACACCCUCAGAAAGAGU